ACAUUGAACGCAGCAGCUGAACCCCUGCGUCACUGUUCUUUGUUUGUGGGAUUUGUAGUCUUUUAUAACGCGUUUCUCUCGUGUUGUUGGCCACGUUAAACUACAAAUCCCAGGUUCAUGCGUACGGAAGUAGCGGAACUAAACAGAGCAGGAGUUAGCGGCUUCGUGGAGAAGAUGUCUCAUGUCGUGAAGAAGAGAAAAUUGGACAAAAGCCGCCAGGACCGUCUUUACUUCGACAGCUACACAGAUGUGACCAUCCACGAGGAGAUGAUCGCCGACUACCAGCGGACCAACACGUACCGGACAGCGAUCCAGAGGAACAGCGAGCUGAUCCGGGGGAAGGUUGUGCUGGACGUCGGUGCGGGAACCGGCGUUUUGAGCAUCUUCUGCGCACAGGCCGGAGCCAAGAAGGUGUUCGCAGUGGAGGCGUGCUCCAUCGCCGAGCAGGCUGCGAGGAUAGUCCGCCAAAACAACCUGCAGGACCGCGUGGAGGUGAUCCGGGGUACCGUGGAGACGGUGGAGCUGCCGGAGCCGGUGGAUGUGAUCGUGAGCGAGUGGAUGGGCUACGCUCUCCUCCACGAGUCCAUGCUCAACUCGGUGCUGUACGCGCGGGACAAGUGGCUGAAGCCCGGCGGCCUCAUCCUGCCGAGCAGAGCCGAGCUGUACAUCGCACCGGUCAGCGAUCCGGUGGUGGAGGACCGGCUAAACUUCUGGUACACGGUCGAAGAGCAGUACGGCGUGGACAUGUCCUGCAUGAGCGAAUUCGCCCAGAGGUGCAUCAUGAACUCUGAGAUAACGAUGAACACGGUGUCGGGGCAGGACGUGCUCUCGCACCCGGCGCGCUUCGCCGAGCUCGACCUGCACUCAGUGACCGCGGAGGAGCUGCGGUCGGUGCGGGGCCAGUUCAGGUGCGAGUCGUUCGGCUCGGCGUCGGUGGGCGCCUUCUGCGUGUACUUCACGGUGACCUUCCCGUGUCAGGACAACAAGCCGCCGGCGCUGGUGCUCUCCACGUCCCCGUUCAUGCCGGAGACGCACUGGAAGCAGGCGGUGCUGUACCUGGACGCUCCGGUGGAGGUGGUGCAGGACACGGUGGUGGCAGGAGAGGUCCGCAUGUAUCCCUCGGAGGAAAGUUCCAGACACAUAUGCAUCCACGUGGACUACACUUUAGGAGCAGAGAAGAGGCAGAGCAAGACCUUCUCCAUCUCGGACUGGAGCUCUGAGGCUCAGUCAUAAGACUGUAGUUCACUGAUUAGUCACGUGUCUCUGGGUUCACAGAUGAGGGUGACCAGUGUGGUCAUCUGUUAUUACUGUCAUGUAAAACUGUUGGAUCACAUCUGAUGCAGGUAGAUGUACGGAGGCUGACAUCCUGACCCACAGGCUUCAUCCAUACCACUACGUCUUCAUUUGAAAACACAUCAACUCUGCUGCUGAUCCGUCCACACUACUCCAGAGUUUUCGAUCCGCUACACGGAACAGUUUGGAAAUGCUGCAAUACAAGCUGACCCUGUUGUGUGUGAUAUGCGUUGGUUCACAUGGACGGGGAUUAAAACUGCUUGUGUGGACAGAGGUUGUUUUCAAAUGGAAAUGUAGUGGUAUGGAUGGAUCCACAGACACAUGCAGCAGCUACUGUCAUCUAACCUGUGAACUGCAUUCAAGCUUUAAUGUUGUGUUUCUGCCUAAUAAAUAAUUUGACACCAAAA